CCCGUAGCCCGCUUCCGCCCAGGGGCUCCGUGGCCUUUAUUGACGGCCCACAGGCCAGCAACAAGGCGGCCCAGCAUGGCCCGAGACGUUCCGCAUUGAUUUCAGGACGCCGAGCUCCGUAGCCACUGUGGCUCAAGUUUCGCGAUCCAGCGGGGCGCGCUACCCUCUCAGCUUUUGCCUUCUCCUCACUUUCAGCGCGUGCCUGCUACUGCAUGGCGCAGAACUACAUCAGUGGCUUCGUGUCAGUACAUGUGACUGGCCUGCCCACCUGGUUUGAGGAUGAUGCCGCGAUCGAGUCGGAGCUCAGGAAAGCUAUGGAUCGGCCUGGCACCUGCGGAAUGCUGGCUGUCCUGGACGAGGCUCCGACUGAGUUGCCAGUCGCGCUGGAAGGUAGACCAAUGGAUAGGGUGGAGGGGAUGGAGCACAGCAUGCCAGUCGUUUCGGAGAAGUACGAGGCAAUAGUCUAUGAAAGUGCCCAGGCCAGUCACCAUGUUUCAGAGUGCCGAAACCAGGAUGUCCUGGUAAUGAAACAUCAGGAGGCCCAAGAUGAUGUUGGCGGAAGGAGAGAUGAGAGUACCGUUGAAGGUGCUGAAGUGACGGGAUCAGACGCCGAAGAACCAGAGAGUCUCCAAGACGCAAUUGAGGCUGCUACAGAGGAAGUUGACCACGAUGUUACAAAAUUGUCAGACUCUUGCUAUUCUUGCUCUGUGGUCCGGAAGAAGACGGGUGAAAGCAGAGGUUUCUGCUUUCUGGAUUUUGAGACCUUGGAGUCUGCAGAAACAGCGAUCUACAUAUUGAAUGCAGGUGUGCUAAUUGCUGGGUCAAUGGUGUCGGCGCAACUUGCCAGUCAAAACCAAGCUGAUGCUCAAGCGCAGGCUGACAAACAGAAGAAGGCUAAGAGCAAAGCAGCCCGGCUGCAGAGGGAAGAAAGUGUUUAUUUGCCCCAGCUCAAAAUCAAACGCCAGGCCUACAGCAAAGACAAGGCGCCAGGAGAACCAGGGGGACCGCCGUUGAGAAAACACGGCGCUCGUCCACAGAAGAGUGCCUUAACCGUUCUGAAAGCGAUGCGGACAAAAGAAGAAGAGGUCGAGCGCGUGCACAUGUUGCGCCUGGAAGACCAGCAGCGACUUCUGCUGGAGUUGGAUAAUGCUAAGCCAAGCUUGGAAGAAGUACCACUGUGAGCCUUGACCGAUCAGGAAAGUUGAAGAAACAGAGGUACUCUGUCAUGGCAUGUGCGCGGGCCCAACCGCAAAACAGAAACGACGCACCCAGACAGAAGACCGAACAAGGGUUC